AAAAAUAUAAAGAUGGUAUUCAGCCAUAACUCRUGUGACCGCGUAUGGGCGCCAUAYUCCUUAUCAUGCACUACAGCUUCAAUCUCCGCYAUUCUUUGUAUYAUCACAAUUCCUGGAAAUCUUUUAAUUUGUAUGGCAAUGGUAAAAGACCCUCACAAAGAACUGAGAUCUCCAUUCAACUACUUUGUGGUCAACCUAGCAAUUGCGGACCUUACAGUCGGCUGUGUAGCYGAACCAUCCUUCGUCGUCUACCACAUCCGGGAAGCUUUAAAAUAUCCYGUCUUGGAGAGAAUMUGGAUGGUUCAYUUGGCUUACUUUAUUGCUUGCACUGCGUCGUUAUUCAGCCUAUCAGCGUUAACAAUAGAUCGGUAUUUAACUAUUACGUCACUUCAAAAGAGAACUCCAAAACCGAAAAGGAUUUUUACUUGUUUGGGGAUUAUAUGGGUAAUAUCUAUCGCCUUUCCGUGUUUGUAUUUCGUGACAGGGUUCUAUCUCUUUGCUUUUAUAUUCGCAAACACUGCCAUCUUGGUUACCCUGUGUGUCGUCUCCUACUCGUACRUCCGCGUUUAUCUAAGACUGCGGUCUCAAGUAAUCCGCUGGGGGUCUCUAAAUCAGAGGCAAAUGAAAUCACGCGCAAUGUUGUUCGAGAGGAAGCUUACUCGAUCGUUUCUGAUCAUUCUUGGCUUCUUUAUUGUUUGUUUGAUUCCAAAUUGCUCCAUAAAUUACUUUAUCAGUCUGUGCAGAUCGUGUAGUUGUACCGUCAUCCAUUGGCUGAGAGACAUUCAGUUUAUUUUAACACUUAUCAGCUGUUCAGCAAAUCAGUUUUUGUACGCAAUGCGCAUGUCUAGGUUUCGACGUGCUUUCACUACAGUUUUAAAUCUACAAUCUUGCACCUUAUUCAAAAUCAUUGCAGAAAGACGAAAUGGAUUGGUGCAGUUAAACCAAAGAGAACUUAUUGAGAUUCAACCUCAAGCCGAGAGAAGUUUUGCCAACUCCGUGAACUCGGCUGCUGCUGAGGGGACUGGAUCUGGAACCGUUUUGACUGCAGACACUAAGGAAUCAAUAGUGUAAAGAAACCAGCUCAAUUUGUAAAAUAUGAAUUAUAUAGAGCGACAAACGUUUACUAGCACAGACACUAUAACGUGCUACUCUCUUAAAAUAAAGAGUUUAAGUGUUUUUGUCCAGCAAAUCUAUUUGAACUUUCACAG